CACUUCCCUAAUCACAUGCUGUUUGUCAGCUGUUUUCGUUCACGUCCGCCUGACGGGAGUGUUUCCUUCAGAAACACACAACCUGAUCUGGAAACGACGAGCGACCUAAACCCCAGGUUCUUAUUGGUUGUAGAGAUGCAGCAUCCCAAUUUUGAAACCACACACCCCUUGCAAGCAGAUGAUCAAGAAACAGGCAUUGAUCCUCUACAAGAUGGGGGAUCAGUCAAGAACAGAGGAACAAUAACCCCUUCUGAGUCUGAAGGUACAUUCAUCUCCUACAGAAAAGAAUGGGAAGAAUUAUUUUUAAACAGUAAUUACCUGGCUAGAAUCCGACAGAAGGGGAUUAAUGGCCAGCUGAGGAGCAGCAGGUACCGCAGUGUUUGCUGGAAGCUUUAUCUUGAUGUUCUUCCUGAAGACAAAAGCCAAUGGAUGAAUAAGACAGUGGAGUUGAGAGCCCAGUAUGAUAAGAUAAAACAAACUCAUAUAAUCAACCCUCGAAAGGCUGCUGGAAAGCAUGACUUGGUUGUGAACAAUCCACUAUCCCAGGAUGAGGGGAGCCUUUGGAACAAAUUCUUCCAAGAUAAAGAACUGCGGGGGAUGGUUCACCAAGACGUCAUGAGAACGUUUCCUGAAAUGCAGUAUUUCCAGCAAGAAAGUGUUCGAGACAUGCUUACAGACAUUCUGUUCUGUUAUGCUCGUGAAAAUGAACAGUUGCUUUAUAAGCAGGGCAUGCAUGAACUGCUAGCUCCCAUUGUCUUCAUCCUACAUUGUGACCACCAAGCCUUUAAACAUGCCAGUGAAACUGGAAACCCAAGUGAGGAAAUGAAAGCCCUUUUAAACCCUGACUUUCAUGAACAUGAUGCCUAUGCAAUGUUCUCACAGAUUAUGGAAACUGCUGAACCGUGGUUUUCAAAUUUUGAGCGUGAAAUUCGAAGGGGAAAGGAAGAGAUGAUAACAAGCAUACCCUUUGCCAGACCACAAGACACAGGGCCCUCUGUUGCAAUUGUAACAAAAGUUAAUCGGAUUCAGGACCAGCUGCUGAAGAAACAUGACAUUGAACUCUACAUGCACCUAAACAGAUUAGAAAUAGCUCCACAGAUUUACGGAAUCCGCUGGGUCAGGCUGCUGUUCGGACGAGAGUUUUCUCUUCAGGACCUCCUGGUUGUCUGGGAUGCUUUGUUCGCAGACAGCAUCACCUUGGAUUUAGUCGACUACAUUUUUGUAGCCAUGCUGCUAUACAUCAGAGAUGCUUUGAUUGCUAGUAACUACCAAACCUGCCUGGGACUGCUCAUGCACUAUCCACCUAUUGGGGAUCUACAUGCCCUCCUCCACAAAGCCCUCUUCCUUCGGGAUCCAAAGAACAACCUUCGACCAGUGAACUACCAGUUUCAACAGAAUUUAGACUAUUACAAAACCUGUGGAGCAGACCUGAUGAAUAAAACUCGUUCCAGUGCCAAGGCUGCUCCACUCAACAUUAACAAGGUGUCGAGCAGUCUGCUGAAUUUUGGCCGGAAGCUGAUCGCCCCUGCUAUUUCAGUCAAUCCAAGUGGUGCAGUCCCUAUCAACAGUGAUGUCAGCGCUGCUCCCCUAGCAGUGACAAGGUCCCUGACUGAAACCUCCCAAAUACCGCAGCAGCAGCAACAUCAUCAUCCACAGCAGCAGCAGCAGCAAAAUCAUCAUCCGCAGCAGAUACAGCAGCAGCAGCAGCAUCAUCCGCAGCAGACGCAGCAGCAGCAGCAGCAACAUCAUCAUCCACAGCAGCAACAUCAUCAUCCGCAGCAGCACAGGCUUUUGAAAUCCGAAAGCAUGCCUGUGCAGCUCAGCAAAGAUGUAGUUACAGGUGGCGGUGCUCAGGUCUCUAUUCCUGCCCAGACUGUAACUGACAUCCAAGGCCAAGGUUCCAGGAAUGUCAGCUCAUCCCCCAGUGCGGAGAGUUUACCAGUCGGGAGGGAGCAUUCAGCAUCUCCGCCUUUAGCUGUGACAAAGAAAGACUCCUUAUUCAACAUCUCUCGCUCCCGCUCUCACAGCAAGACCAUGGGCAAAAAAGAAUCUGAGGAGGACCUGGACGGCCAGAUCUCAUUUCUUCAAGGGCAGCUCAAUGACCUGGAAGCCAUGUCAAAGUACUGUGCUAAGAUGAUGAACGUACACAUCGGUAAAAUACAGGAUGUGAUUUUGCAGGAACAUUUGGAAAAAGAGGAUGAAGUUCUGGUCUCGCUAGCUGGACUUAAACAGAUAAAAGACAUUUUAAAAGGCUCCCUGCGUUUUAACCAGAGCCUGCUGGAGGCUGAGGAGAAUGAGGAGAUCAAAAUCGCUGAUGAUCACUACUGCUCCAGCAGUCACGGUGGAGGAGGAGGCAGACAUGGACACAAGCACAUGGACAAGGAAGCGUUUCUCACUCUCAGACCAAGACAGGCCAAUUCUGAGACAUCCCUGAACUCGGAGGGCAGAAAUUCAGACGAUUACAUUCUGGUAUCUCAAGAGGACGAUGUGGAACAGGAGCAGCGUGAGAAGCCAGACUGUGCUGUCUGUAAUCUGGAGGAUCCACAUUUCCCUAAGGGGCACAAGGUGGCCCUUAAACCUGAUAAAGAGGUCCUUCGUACUGCUGUUUGCUCUGACCCGCUGAUGGGAGCCCCUUCGGGCUCUUCCAGCACGUCCGGUUCCAGCCCUGAGGAUGACAGCAGUAAUAGCAAGGACUCUGACUUCACUAUAGUCAACCCAGUAGACCUGUGAGCCUCUGUUAAUAAAAUACUUAAAAAUCCACCCUAUAACACUUGAGUGCAGGUACCCUCUGUAAUCCACCCUAUAACACUUGAGUGCAGGUACCCUCUGUAAUCCACCCUAUAACACUUGAGUGCAGGUACCCUCUGUAAUCAGGACUUGUGUGUAUUGGUCUCUUACCUCCCCGGACACAUUGACCAAAUGGCCUUUCUACACCUUGUGACCAAAUCCUAGGGCAACCCUAUUUAGGACCUGAUUACUGCCCAGAUUGUAAAUAGCAGACAUGUAAUCGUUGAUCCACAGGUUGCCUUCAUAAACAUGUUCUUCGUGCCCACUCCACUGUGCUGUGUACACUCAGUCCAGGGGGUUUGUGUUGUGGGCUGGGAAUAGCUCAUAGUUGUCUCGUGGCCAGUUGACACCUGCUUGCCUGAUCUUGACCCAUAACUUAACAAAACUACUAACUUAGAACUAUAGUAAUUCAAUUAUUAUUAUUAUUUUUUUUUUAUAGAUGCUUGAUUUCAGUCUAUAAAAAUAUAAAAAAUAAGAGAACAUUUCGUUUCGAACCAGGAUUACACCAGGUGAUAUCUGGAAUACUAGGUGGUCAACCUGUUGAUUUAGCAAAGAGCUUACUAACAGGAUUGGCACAUGCAUAAUGUAGCUUGUUCUCUGCAUUUGAGUGGGGAGUGGGGAGGGGGUUACAGAGAUAAUAAAUAAAUGUAUGUUUGUCUAAGCAAAAUAAACUACUUUAUCAGAACAAAUAAAUUACUACAUACAGUACUUGAACCAACAGCCUUUCAAACUAUAUAUAUAUAUAUAUAUAUAUAUAUAUAUAUAUAUAUAUAUAUAUAAUAUACAUAGUGUGUGUGUGUGUGUGUGUGUGUAGUAAUUAUAAUUUUUUUAAGACACAACAGGUUUUAUAUUGGCACUCCACCACAGCGGAAGAAUAUGUACCAGCUUUAACAGAAAGCCUUUCUUUCCAAGGGUACUUUUGGAGCCGCCUCACCAGCCUGAUAAUUCUACAGAGGACAUUUGCAGUCUUGAAAUGAAUUGCAUUUAAUUUUUUUAAAAUGCAGUCCCAAAUAGAUGACCGAUAGUUUGAAAAAAUAAAUCCUAGUUUCUGUCAUUAUGGUUUUACUGCUUUUUAGAAUGCAAGCUGUGCCUUACAUUGAUCCCAUUUAUUUCAACGUGAUGCAGAUAGUGUUAAAUACAUUAGUACAGAAUGACCUAAGUGGUAUGGUGGGAUUUGUGGAAAUCCUCUUUGAGCCUGUGAUGCUGUUCAAAGAUGAAAGAAAAUGCCAUUAUAUCUUGACCCCAGUGGUAUCCUGCUUCUAAGGGGCUUGUCUGUGUUACUCUGCCAAGUGAUAAAGAAACGGUAGUUAAUUGCAACUGGAAAUUGUUUUUACCAACCUUAUCAUUAGUUGUUUGUCCUGAAGCGUUUUGUUUAACAAACUAGAUUAAUUUAAAGGCUAAAACAUGUUCUGUAUAUCCUCCAUUAAAAAAAACCAUUGACAUGGCAUGCUGCAGUUAAUAAAAUGCUUUGUAUUAUUACUGAUUGAAUGAAUGUGAAGCCUAAGCGUAUUCUGUCCCUGUACAGUAUGUACAGUCUUAUGCAUGUACUGUCAGCUAAAUUUAAAAUGCAAUGCAGAAAUUCUUUGGCUAAGGGAUUUCUUAUGCAGUACAAUUUUACUCAUGAAUGUAUUGGAAAUAACAAUGGUCUAAUUAAAGAAAUGUGACUAAC